UUGCAAAAUUUUCCGAGUAAAUUUCUGGGGGGAAGAAGUGAUCAUUUUUUCCAAGAACCUGCUUUGAGAAGCUAAAAUUUGGGUUGUUAGUGCCGAUAUUGAAGAAAAAUCUUGCUGGGAAAAUUGGUUGGUAGCUGUUUCCACCAUUUUUCUGUUGCUUGCAAUAGAAUCAUAUGUAUAUGUAUAGAUGUUUCGUUUAAGGCCACAAGGGAGUCUCUGGAUUGCUGGUGGUAAUAGCUCAAGCCUCAAUAUUCAUUUUUGUAUACACCUUAUCUUGUUAGUUUGACACUAGAAACAUAGUCAUCAUAGACCAGGUUCAAGUUGGAUGAAAUUAAUUUGUGUUCAAAGAUGUAGAGAUGGCAAUGGUUGAUGGACUAGUUGUGUAUGUGCUGGGAUUUGGAAUUGAAAAUAUUUGAUAAAGCAUCAUGGUGAAUGUUUGAUUAGGAUCAGAGGCAGUAUGAUGUUACUUGAAAACACUUGGUAAAGAAUCAUGGUGAAUGUUUGACCAGUUCAGACGCAGUAUUAAUUAGUUCAGGGGCAGUAUGAGGUUACUUGUUUUGAAGGAUGAAGAAACCCUUGUAGCUUUAUAAGAAGAACCUUGGGUGGUAUUGGGAUUAGUACUUUCACGUAAUAAGAUAUCCAUGUGGAAUUAAUAUUUACAGCCAUUUAAUUGAUUUAUGCCAACCAACAGUGGUUUGAUAGAAGAUACAUCUCUUGUUUCUGAUCAAAAAAAGAAAAAGAAAAAAACAUUGGUUUAAUGGAAGAGACUUAGUUUGUUUAUUCAUUAUAGAAAAGGAUAAAUCUUGUUAGGAUUCAGGCUUCCCUAGUGUUUGGACUGGGUACAAGAGAUGGCAUUGAUUUUUUGUUAAUGAAAUACAAAGAAUCUGAGUUAUCAGCAAGGUCUAGAGAAACAUUAUUAACAGUUGUUAUGUCAUACCUAUCAAAAAAAAAACAGUUAUAACAACAGGAGCUUGGACUGUUAGUGACCACUAUGGUAGCAAUUAUAAGAUAGAUGAUAGUAUCCUUAUGUGUGCAUGUGUGUGUACUAAAGUAUUGAGGAGGAGUUUGGUUCAAGACUAGAUGAAGGUUCUAAGAGAGCCAGAGAGAGACAGUAAAGAGCAUUGAGUCUGACAGAAGACAUUGGUCUAUUAUUUAACAAACAAGGCCAAACAUGCAGCGCAAUGGUGAAAAGAAUAUUUGUUUGUUUCUUCUUUUUUUUUCUAGAAAUAUUAAAUUUUCGAGUGUAUUAUUCUAAAGAAUAUUAUAAGUGAGGAGGUUCUUACUCAGAAUAGUCGAUUCAUUAAUAUUCUUGCAACCUCAACUCCUUUCUUGGUUGCCCUCUCUUAAGAGAUUCUGUUCUUUAUUUGGGCAAAUUAAUAAGUAAAUAACACUAAUAAGUCCUUCCCCUGUGCAACACAAUUAUGAAAUAGAGAAAAUAUUUUGGAAAUUGGUAAUAAUACCACAGAAUUUCAAAACAAAUUAGAGGGAGGUGAGGAUUUGUGAAUGAAACUACUUAUUCACUUCUAAUUGAAAUCCAAUUCCCUUCUGCUUCACCACUUAGGUUAUGAGGAUGUAUAAAACACGUAAGGCUCUCUCUCUCUCUCUCUCUCUCUAGAGUCUUACGAGCCAAAGAGAAAUCUUGGCAUGAGUCUCAACUAUUUUUUAUAUGAGCCUUAUGAACCAAAGAGAAUUCUUGAUAUGAGCCUUAUGACUCACUCUCUCCCUCUCUCUCAGCCUUAUGAGCCAGAAGGAAUUCUUUAUAUGAGCCUUAUGAGCCUAACUUUGCAUCCAUGAAAAGGAUAAGUUGUUAAACUAAUUAGUGAUCAAUCCACGAGUCCUUUGCAUCCAUGAAAUGGAUAGUUUGGUAAACUUGUUGGUGAUAAAUCCAGCUCAACUGUGAAAUGCCCCAGCAAUCCAGUACCCACCAGGUUCACUUCUCUUAUGUCUUCUUUUCUUUCUCUCUAUUUUGUUUCUUUCUUGUAUUUGGGUUGGGAUAGGGGACUGUUUGGGUGGACUAACCUGUUUUCACUGUUGUUCACAGCUCAAUGACUUACCGUAUCUCCCAUAUAACUUUUGCAGACCAAGCAUCAUCUUCUUCUUUUUUUAGCAUAUAUGUGAUCCUGAUUUGCAAGAAUGGUCUGAUGGGGCUCUGCUGGUCUUUAGAGCUAACCAAUCUUGAUGUAAUUAGCAAAGAAUUGCACUUAAAAAAGAUCUACCAACUGGCUGUGGUCAGCAUGAGCAACUGCCUGCCUAGUUGAAUAUCACAAUGAAAUACUAUGAAGGUUGCAUAACUACUAAACCAGUGAUGAACUGCCAUCCACCUCAACAAGAUGCAUGGGUUCUCCACUGCUGAUGGCUUUGUGGAGAUAACUGAAGGCUUGGCAGAGAUGAUAAAGUAUUUGGCAAACGAACCCUCAGUAGGACUUUUCUAUGUUCAGCAGCACACACAGAAUGCAGUGCCCAACCUCAUCAAUCUCAAGAACAAUGUUGUGGAAAAGUCUCAUGAAACAGCUUUGCACACUGAAGAUUUGGAGGAUUCUAUUAUCAUGGUGAAUUCAAUGAAAGAGUGUGGCUUACCAAUUGCAGAUGAGAUGAUAAGAGACAUCAAGAAAUCUCUAGCUAUCAUGUCAACGAAACAACCAAGAAGAGGGCUAAUCCGAAGCCCUUAUUCAAAUUUUCAGGCGGGAAGGACUAGUUCUUGGGGUCCAGCCACAUGGGGCCGUAGUUCAGUUUUUGCCCAGCAGGAGGGUGAAAGGAGCGAUGGUUAUUUUUCAACUGUUAUAAAAUCAGCCAAACAGAAGGCCAGCAAUUUUAAAUGGCCACAACUUGAUCCAAAAGAAUUGGGGCAAACCAGGGGUAAGGAACAAGAUUCCUUUCCCAGUGUUCCCCUAUUAGUUGUGGCUGCCAGCACUGGCUCAACUAUACCAGAUACUGAAGUUGAUGAAUUGCCUGUCUCAAGUCACACAGCAGAUGACCUACCAGGAGAACCAGCACCUCUUGAUGGGAACUUGCCAAGUCAUAAUUUAUUAUCAGCUUCCGAAAACUAUGAUGUUUUCAGGGCUGACAGGGCAGCAAAACUAGAAGAAUGGUUGGAAGGAGUUGACAAUCCAGAUAAUUUCGGGGAAGCAAAUGGCAAAUAACUGCAGUCGAGAAAUGAUACAAAUGAGCUUUAGCUUGAGUGGACUUGGAUAUUGAAGAAGUCUUAGCUUGUAAAUCAUGUUGUUUAUUAUAUAACUGUCUGCAGAUGAUGAUUUGUGGUGCUAACGGCUAAGGAAAAUUGAUUGUUCUUGAAAAAAAUAAAAAUAAAAAUGUUUUCACUUGGAUGCUA